AUGGCUCAACAGGAAGCAGAUACCAUGGACGAUGUGCAUCCGCUCCUCGUGAGAGAGGAGGACCUUCUAGUAAGCCGAUCGCAAUGGACGCGAGGGCAGGUGCUUGUCCCCCUCGUUUCUGCUGUGGCCGUGAUAAUGCUUUGCCUCGCGGGGGUGAGCAAGCCCUUGGAGACCAGUCAAGGCCUUAGAUCUGUCACCUCUCUGUCAACAGGCUGGGUGCAGAAAGUGGGUCUCAACUGCUAUGAGGGCCAUGGUGGUGUCAAAGAUACCAGCAUGGCAGAGCCGGGCUUCUUGGACCAAGAGGAGAUAGCGGCAAUUCAGAGAAUAAGGAUCAUAAUGAUAUGCUAG